CUGAUUAGGUGUCUUUUUUAUUUGGUGGCUACUUUAAUUUUUAUCCUCACACUUUUCACAUAAUAUUAUAUUAUAAAGUUAAUUCACUAAAUAAAUAUAAUUAGUGUGGUUAUUAUGGAUUUUGUGAGUUAACCGCGGUGGGUAGUGGAUAACUACUAACCACAAAAAUCUUUAUUUUACUACCCACACCUAACCUACUACCCACACCUAACCUACUACCCACAACUUAUGGGUAUGGUUACCCACAAUAGGUACGGAUUGGUGCGGUUUGCUGAUUAUCCACAAAUCGCAACCCAAACUUCCAGACCUAGCUAUGGCUACGUGGAAACGGGGUCAAUGGACUAGGGAGGGAGGGUCGUGUGGCUCAACGAGGCAAAAGGGUUUUGGGGCUAUGGGCGAAAGGAACAGUGUGCAAAGAGGGAGCUUUGCUUUGCUUUGGAGGGUGGGGGUGGGGGCCAAACAUAAAUAGACAAAAAGAGUGGUGUAUUUAUUGCCCACUUAUUCUUCAACCCACUCACUUCACUCACUCACUACUGCUCUCCCUUCAGGAUUUUGCUUUGAUUCACUCUCUCACUUCACUUCCCUCCCAGCCUCACUAGUUUUAGUCAGAGAAACAAGGGAAACCCAUUACCAAACAAAAACAAACAAAACACUCUGCAGCAGAGAGCCAGAGCAGCAUUUUGAUCUUCGUGCUUCUUAUUGGCAGCAAUAGUAGUAGUAGUUGUAGGGGAGGAAAAAUUUAUUGCUUCUCUUUCUACCUUCUUCAUCUUUCUUUAAACCCACCUUUCCCAAUUCCCCCCACCAAACCCGUUACCACAGCCAAAGCUCGAGUCUUUCUACAGAGCAGAGUCUACUGUACUGAUAGGAGAAAGUAUGUUUGCAGCAGAGAACGGGCUGAAGGGAGACCCAAGGCUUGAGGCCAUCUCCCAGGCUAUUAGGGUUGUCCCUCACUUCCCCAAGAAAGGUAUAAUGUUUCAAGAUAUAACGACCCUGUUGCUGGAUCAUAAGGCGUUCCAGGAUACGGUGGAUAUCUUUGUCGAUCGUUACAGGAACAUGGACAUUUCCGUAGUCGCUGGGAUUGAAGCUAGGGGUUUCAUGUUUGGUCCCUCGAUCGCUUUAGCCAUUGGAGCGAAAUUUGUUCCCUUGAGGAAGCCGAAAAAGUUGCCCGGUAAAGUGAUAUGCGAAGAAUAUGAGCUGGAGUAUGGAACAGACUGCUUAGAGAUGCAGGUAGAUGCUGUGCAGCCAGGGGAUCGUGCGCUGAUAGUCGAUGAUCUGGUCGCUACAGGUGGAACACUGUCAGCAGCGAUAAGGCUCUUGGAACGCAUGGGGGCGCAAGUUGUAGAAUGUGGAUGUGUGGUUGGUUUGCCUGAAGUCAAGGGGCAGUGUAGGCUGAAUGGAAAACCAGUGUAUAUCCUCGUGGAGCCUCGAGAAAUAGACAAUUGCCGCCAUGAUAUCUCCUCUGAGUUUUUGAAUGUGCAAUGCUCUGGCUGACUUGGGGGAGAACCAAGGGAAGAAGUUUGAGCAACUGCAGAACAAAUGUCUGCGCGGUUUUCUCCACUCUCGUAUGCCCGCCUUCUGUUCAAGUUUGGGGCAGCCGAAUGUUCCACGGUAGCUUUGUGUAGUAGCAGUAGUAGUCUUCUCUUUCUUGUGGCGGUUUUUACUUUAUGCAUUGAUAGUUGUCUUUAGGGCCUGUGUUGUAACUUAAGAGAAUGAGCAAUUUAGAAAGAAGACUUUGGCAUAGAUCAAUGAUGUAUCAUUCAAUUCAUUUGUGGUUUUAGUCUGAAUCUCAUCUCUUUCCCCACAUGAAAGGGUUUCUGUACGAAAUUGGCUAUGGUGUUGAUGCAAAUCUGAUCUGUGCGUCGUGCCGUGCCGUGCGUACUUAUAUCGUCAGGUUGCUCCCCUGCACUAUCUGUGCUGAUGCAAUGAAAUGCACUGAACGCCCAGCAACAGCACUGCAUCGCAACUGCAUUUUGGAUUUUGCAAUGAGAAAGAUUCGAUUCCAUCUGGGCAGAUUUGUUCAGCUUCGAGAAAGGUAGAAAGAUUCAGUCCACUCCUAAACCCAACAACCAAGAAAUACGCCAUUGGAAA